AUGGAGAAGUCUGAUGUUUGGCGCCUUCAAACGGCAUCUCACACCUGGAAGUGUGACCCCAUCCUCCAAAAUGUCUCUGCCAUGAGCUGCGAGAAAGUGCUCUCCAUCACUCAGGAUGUCAAAGGACCAGUCAUAUGCGCUCCUUGCAUGCAGAUUGACUUCAAGAAUGCUCUGCGCCAUCCAGAGCCUCCUUCAGAGAAGAUGAAGUAUCUCAACACACGUUAUUGCGACGAGAUCACCGCUAUGGCAUAUGCACGCGUUGUGGGUCUGCACGAUGUAUUGAACAAGGUAUGA